UCCAUCCUGGAGUGGAAUUUAGUUAAACAGCUGUGGACUGCUGCAGCUGUAAGACCUUUUUUUAUAUAUAAAACACGGAGGUCAGACUCUGUGCAGCGGGACACUUCCGUUGAUUGCAUCACUGAUCAUGGACGCCUCUGCAGCAUCUGGAGUCCCUCAUCCCUACUGGCCGCGGGACCUGUUGAUUCCCACUUAUGUUGCCAAUGACCGUUCCAUGUCAGAGAUCCUGGUGUUUCUGUUUUCUGUGUCCGGGCUGUUCCUGCUUGUGACCUGGCUGAUCACCGGCCGGAGAGGGGCCGCGGGCAGGCUGGGGACAUGGAGGCGUCUGGCUUUGUGCUGGUUUGCCGUCUGUGGCUUCAUCCACAGUGCCAUCGAGGGCUGGUUCUCACUGUACUACGACAUUAUUCCAGGAGAUCAGAGCUUACUGUCACAGCUCUGGAAGGAAUACUCCAAAGGAGACAGUCGAUAUGUGAUAGCUGAUAACUUUACAGUCUGCAUGGAGACAGUGACUGCUUGUUUAUGGGGACCUUUGAGCUUUUGGGCUGUGUUUACAUUUUUAACAAACAAGCCCUACAGAUAUGUGCUGCAGCUCAUCAUCUCAUUAGGUCAGCUGUAUGGAGUGGUGCUCUACUUUUUCACCGAGCACCGAGAUGGCUACACUCACAGCGAGCUGGGACAUCCCAUCUACUUCUGGUUCUACUUUGUGUUCAUGAAUGUCCUGUGGUUCUUCAUCCCGCUGGUGCUCAUCGUGGAUGCAUGGAGACAGAUGUCAACAGCCCAGAGACACACAGACAACACAAAGUCCAAGAGGAACUGAGGGCAACACACAGAGCUGAUCUUGGGACAGUGACUGGAGGAGAUACAUGAGCAAAAAGACAUUUGGAGACAGCAUAAACUUUAUAUUGAUGGGAAAAAAAUGAGGCAAAAGAAACUUCUGGAGUUGGAGCUGCCUCAUUGACAUUGUUGUGACUGAUGCAUUGUAUUUUAGCUCGAAUGACCAACCGAAUGCAAAGAAUUGUAUUUUAAAGUGCAACGUGUUCCCUGUAACAAUUGGAACUUUUCUUCUGGCUUUGUGGAGCCUCAGAUAAAGGCUCCACAAAUAAUAAUAAUUCAUCCUUUUUCUCAUUACCGUCUUUUUUUUUCAUUCAAUUUUAUAAAACCUGAUGACUGGACUUAAACUCAUGCAAUAUAAAGUACCUGUUCACACAGAAAAAGUA